AUGAAUAAUAACACAAAUAUCGAUGAUAUUGAUAAAAUAAAUCUCAGAAAAUUGAAUACAUUAACAUCAACGACAGAUUUUAUAGGCACUACUAUUCAUUCGGAUGAAUGGAAGGCAUAUAAUGGUUUAAGAAAUAAUCCUAAUUAUAUUCAUGUUACGGUCAAUCAUUCAGCUAGUUUUGUCGAUCCUGUAACCGGUGUUCAUACACAAAAUAUAGAGAACACCUGGAUGCGUAUAAAACGAAAACAAAAAAAACAGAACGGACUUGCAAGAUCACUUUUACCAACAUAUUUAGAGGAAUUUGUCUGGCGUCAAGAUUUCGGGGACAAACCAUUGAAAAAUUUAAUAUUACAAAUUUCUGAAAAUUAUCCUGUUCAAUAA